AUGAAACACGAAAAACGGAAGGAAAGGAAAGGAAAGAGGGAUGUAUUGAGAUAUGGCAAGAAGAGACAGCAACAGCUUCUUCAGUUCCACCACCAAAUAUUCGUUACCAUCUCAUACCCUCUAGAUUAUUACCAUCCUACCCCUACUCGCCACCUCGCCGUUUCCAGAGACGACACCAACACGCCUCUUCCUCAGGUGGAAGUCGAAGAAGAUACGAUUGAGAAACGAAGAGAAGAGGAGAAAUUCGCGGUUUUGAAUACUGGCAUCUACGAGUGUAGAUCGUGUGGGUACAAGUACGAUGAGUCUGCGGGUGACCCAUCGUACCCGAUCCCACCUGGGUUUCAGUUUGAUAAGUUGCCUCAGGAUUGGAGAUGCCCAACGUGUGGAGCGGCCCAGAGUUUCUUCGAGAGCAAAAUGGUGGAGAUUGCUGGUUUUGCCCAGAAUCAACAGUAUGGACUUGGUGGUAAUGCUCUCACUUCUGGUCAGAAGACUGCUUUGAUCUUUGGCACUCUCUUUUUCUUCUUCAUGCUUUUUUUGAGCGGCUAUUUCAUCCAAUAA